AUGAGACGAAAAGCUUUCAUGAAUUUAUUUACAUUAUUCGGAAAAGAGAAGAAUAGUAGCAGUGCAGCUACCUCCUUUCGAUCAAUUAAUAGUUUGAUUGUUCUGCAAAUAGUAAUCAUCAUUGUAUUAGUCAACUGUUAUUUAUGUUCAUCAUAUUCGGUGCAUGCAGCAUCUCGGAAUGAUCCAAAAGGUUUUUACGAAAUAUUGGGAUUAAAUCCAUCAUGUUCUCAUAGAGAUAUUAAAUCUGCGUAUCGAAAACUCUCUCUCGAAUACCAUCCAGAUAGAAACCGAAACAAACCAGAAUCAGAACAAAAAGUUCUCAAAGAAAAAUAUGUUCGGAUUUGUCAAGCCUAUGAAGUACUUUCCGAUGAAAACAAACGACAAGCUUAUUCACGAGGAUUUUAUCAUGAUUCCAACUCUGAUGAUUCAAGUCAUGAGAGUAGUGGCCAUCACUUUCAUCAAUUUCAUGAUCUUUCCGAUUUGUUUAAACAUUUUCAUUUCGGAGAAGGAGCAGCCUCUUCCGAUGACAGUGGUAGUUCUACUUCAGGACAACAAUUUCGUUUCAAUCCAUUCGGAUCUUUCUUUGAUGACGAUAGUAAUGAGGAAGAGGAUGAUGAUUUUGGUGGAUUUCACUUUCAUUUUGGUUUUCCUCAUCAUCAAAAGAAAGCUUCCAAGAAACAACAAAACGCAAAUUCUCAAUCAUCUUCAAACAGUGACAAUGGGAAUAAGGGGGGAGUUUUUUCAGGCAUGUUUGACAAGUUGAAAUCAGCAUUUGGUUUCAAUCAAGAGCAAACAACUUCAUAUGAAGAAUCAUCGAGUGGUGGCUAUAGAGAAGGAUAUCAACGAGUGAAAAAAGUAGUCACGAAAAUUGCUAGUGAUGGCACAAGAACAACCUAUGUCACGUAUGAAUAUAUACCAACAGGUCAGAAUCGAAGAGGAGGAUUUAAGUUUUAA